AUGCCAGCACAACACCAACCCCAAUCCCAGAGAGGCGCAGCAAGCGGCCGCAGGUAUCAGCUCCGCUCGAAGGGCCCAGUGGGCCGUGGAGUCUUUCAAGUCUUGGAGGAACUCAAGCCGGCGAAAGUCACCAAAUCAAAGCCCAAGCCACAACGUUACAGCUUCGAAGUGGGGAUUCGACUACGGAUGGUCUCUAAAACAGCGGCGGUACGUUUCAUCGGUGGCAGUGCCCCCGUUAUCCCGAAAUUCUACCAGCGCAAGUCGCAGAUCGAGAGUGAAAACCCCGGAGGCAGUGAAAAUGGCACCGCAUUCUCUGUCGAGCAACUGAUUUACCAGACCCUCCCGGACAAGGAGGGCCCAAUUGUUGUCCACGCCGAGGUGGAUGUCCAAGAAGAGGUCCCCUUCGAGGCAAUAGUUGAUGCGAAGUUUUUGCCAUCGGAUGACGAUCCUGAAUUCCAGCGCCGCGCAGACCAAUGGCAAAUCCCACCUGUAGAAGACCCGGAGCAAUCCCCUGGAAAAAUCAAGCUGUCCGAUUUCUUCGCCGCGGUCCGCAGGGACCUGUAUCGCGACCAAAGCGACGUGGACAUGUUCUGGUUUAUGUUGAAGCUCCUCGAAGAUUACCCAUCCGAUCGGAAUGGAGAUGUCACCUUCCAAAGCGACUGCUACUUCCCGCUCUCGCGCGAGCACGUCCGCGCCAAGGAAGGUGCCUAUUUCGCCUACUACAUCACACGAUGGAAGUACGUCAACGACGAGCUCGAGACUCCACCUCUCGCGGUCUGCGUGUGUAACAAGAAGCGCGGCCGAGAAGGCAUCGCCCGCUACGAGAUCCCCCCGCUCCUACUCCAAGCCUGGAUGAACACGAAGCUCGAAACCGAGGGCCUCGCCGACCAGGCCGCAUACGUCCUGAGCCAGCAGGGCUGGGACCUCCGGUUCGUCAAGGCCACCAUGCCGACCCCCGAAGCGCAACGGCUCGGGACGCCUCCGCACUUCUCGGGGAAGGUCCGGGUGGAGCGGACGAAAGCGUACAAUCUGCGGGAUCCCGCGGACCGGAAGGAAGCGCUGCGGGCGCUGAUGGGUCUGCUGCUGUAUUUUCAUGAUCGUCCGGAGUUUGCGUAUGCGAAUACCCAGAGUGGGUAUAUCUUUGUCUAG